GCUGCUGUUGUUGUUGUGUGGCAUUCCUGUGGCUGGACACGAUCCCUGCAGAGCCCAAAAAUCGGGAGCAGGGCUGUGCCACCUGGGGGGAGCCUCGGGGACCCCAAAAACGAGGGGAUGUCACAGGUUUCCCUCGGGGGGAGCGUCUCCCUCGCGUGCAGCAGCAGCACUUGGGGAGGAAUAAACCCCAAAUCGAUCAAAUCCGCUUUUCUGGGAGCUGUUUCCAUGGAGCUGCUCGGCUCGCGGGGGUCACCUUUGUGAAUCCCUUCCCGAAAGAGGGGAGGAGGGAGGAAUUUCUUCCUUUGGGAAUUCACGGUCCCCUCUGUGCUCACCCACAGGUGGCCAUCAAAUCCAUCCGCAAGGACAAAAUCAAGGAUGAGCAGGACCUUGUCCACAUCCGGAGGGAGAUUGAGAUCAUGUCCUCCCUCAACCACCCGCACAUCAUCGCUGUGCACGAAGUGUUCGAGAACAGCGCCAAGAUCGUCAUCGUGAUGGAAUACGCCAGCAAGGGCGACCUGUACGAGUACAUCAGCGAGCGGCAGCGGCUCUCGGAGCAGGAGGCGCGACACUUCUUCCGCCAGGUCGUGUCCGCCGUCUACUACUGCCACAAGGUGAGCUGGCACCGAGCUGCCCGGGGGCUUCCCGGUCAUUUGCUGGCUGGAGAGGGCCUGGAUGGGCUCCAGGGUGCUCCUCACGAUGACUUCUCGGCUGGAGAGGUGCUGGAUGGGCUCCGGGGUGCUCAUUCCAGUGAUUUCCUGGCUGGAUGGGCUCUGGGGUGCUCCUUCCAGUGAUUUUCUAGCUGGAUGAGCUCCGGGGUGCUCUUCCCGGUGAUUUCCCAGCUGGAGAGAGGCUGGAUGGUCUCUGGGUGCUCCUCCUGAUGAUUUCCCGUCUCGAUGGGCUCCGGGGUGCUCUGCCCUGCAGCGGGAUGGUUUGGGAGCGAUGCAGCCCCACGCAAAGUGAGGGGAGCUCGUGGCUCUCCGCCUUUCCCAGCAGAAGGAAUUUGGGUUUUUUUGAUCCUGCCUUUGGUCUGAAGGGUGUGGCAGUGCCCCGACAGCUUUUGGGAGGUCCUGGCCUCGGUUGCUGCCGUGUGGGGGUGACUAACCCGGCCUGGGAGUUGCCACCUCCCCUCCCACCCGGCCAGACGGAGACGCCCAGGGCUGCCCGCGGGGCUGGAAGCCAAGCCCUGGGUCACCUGUCCUGUUCCUGACGGGAAUGUGGAGCUGCAGGACCU